AAGAGACACAAUACAGCGCCGAACACGAAUGAGAAACGGAUACGAACUUGUCGUUACAGCCGCACGUGCAACUGGAGCGUCUUUCGAACGGAUCAGCUGUUUCACGUUUUCCUCGUGCGCAUACAAAAGUUCCAGAGCCGUUCUUGGGGAGCCUCACCUCCUCUAGGUGCUCCUAUAUGGCUUCUUCUUGGAAAACGGCGGCGGGUGCAUCAGCUCAUUCUGAACGCAAAGCUCCAGUGGCCUUGUGUAUGGAGGCUGCCAAGAUAUCGAGCAUCCUGAACUCGAUAGAGAGUGACGUACAGAGGACUUAUCGUGAGCCAUGGCAGACUAUGGCCAUUAUGCAAGUGCAAGGUGGAGGUAAAACCCAGUGGCGAACGCAAAUUCAAGUAACGACUCCAGAGCCUUUAGCAGUUGCAGCAACAGCCAUGACAAAGAAGGAAUCUGAAGCGCUUGUCAAGAUUGCCUUCUUCAACAGGCUGCAGGAAGUCGGGGCGCUCGACAAGUUGCUGCCUGGCAGAAAGCUGGCGAGUGCUGAGCGGGUUAUGCCCACCAAGCCUCCCAACUGCUCUCCACAACCAGAUCUACUGAGGCAUUGUCCAAGCUCUGAAGGAGCCGUUGGAGAAUCUGUGACCCGUGCUAAGGCUCUCGUUAUAAACGUUUACGACCGUCUCUGCAGAGCUAAAAAUGAUGUCCGUCUCAAGCCCCAGUUGGAGACACGAAUGGGUACCGAUCAAAAGUGGGUGGCAGACCUUACGGUACGUUGGCCUUCUGUGAUGUCAUUCGCUGGUGAAGGCCAAAAGAAAAAAGAAGCUGAAGGAAGAGCUUGUCUUAACCUCAUCAGCUACCUCCAAGAAAAUGAAUUCAUAGAUAACAGACUACGACCAAAACUGCAUACCGAAGGCCCAAGAACGCAAGUCAUUGGCGGGACGAAUAAAGCUGUUUCACACGGCCGUCCUAUGCCAUUAGAAGAGGUGAAGCUCCCACCUCACGUCAUUCCAAGGAUGGAGCAGAUUUUGCACGAGUUCGAGGGCAUAGUCUCCGAGAUCAGCUGCUUGCAAGAGGGUCAGGAGGACUACAGGGACGAAGAUGAUGUUUCCUUUAUGGACGACGCUACGAAGGAGCACGUGUGGGAUGUAAUGACAGGUAGGCGCCUCUGGGCGUCGGAUAUACCUUCACUGGAACGCCGAGAUCAUCAACUUGUACAAAAGAACAACAUGCACCGGGCAUCAUCGAGACACCGCUGGAGAGAGUCGCUUCCCGUCUAUGACUACAGGGACGAAAUCAUCAAUAUGGUGCGAAGGAACCAAGUGGUGGUUCUCGCUGGUGAAACCGGAUGCGGCAAGACAACGCAGGUACCUCAAUACAUCUUCGAAGACUGCAUAGCCUCCAAUUAUGGGUCGUCGUGCAACAUAGUGGUGACGCAGCCUCGCCGUAUAGCAGCAAUAAGCAUGGCGGAGCGUGUCGCAUGGGAAAGGGGAGAAGAGGUGGGCGAUACGGUAGGCUAUCAAGUUAGACUGAAGCGGGUGGCUCUGCACCAGCGUGGCGGAAUCUACUUUUGCACCACGGGCAUCUUGCUGCGACACCUGCAAGGCAACCCAAUGCUGCAGGGGAUUUCGCACGUCAUCGUCGAUGAAGUACACGAGAGGGACCUGGAUACAGACUUUCUGCUCAUUGUGCUCCGAGAGGUUAUCAAACUGAACCACAGUGUUACGGUGGUACUCAUGAGUGCAACUAUUAAUACGCACACAUUUUCGGACUACUUUGGUGGGGCUCCUAUAAUCACCAUACCUGGAAGGCUAUACCCCGUGCGAGAGCUCUACUUGGAGGACUUGAUAGACAGGGCAUUGAUUUGUCCUCCUCGGAAGGAUGUGAAAGACCCUGUCAAGUUAGCUGUGCAUACAGUGAAGUAUAUUUAUUAUAACCGUCCUCCCGGAGCCAUCCUGUGCUUUCUGCCCGGCUGGGGCGAAAUCAUGUACGUCAUGCAGGAGCUCUUCAAGGUACUGCCUCCCCGCACCCACCGAUGGUUACUACCGCUCCAUUCCAAGUUGCGCCAUGAAGAUCAGAGGAAAAUAUUUGACGUCCCCUCAAACACUGAAGACGUGCGCAAAGUGAUCCUGGCCACCAACAUUGCCGAGACUUCAAUCACAGUGCAGGACAUUGUGUACGUUGUUGACACUGGCCUGCACCGAGAGAAGCGCUUUGACGUCAGACUCGGAGUGCCCAUGUUAGGCAUUUUCGAGACGUCGCGCUCCAGCAUGAGUCAACGCAAAGGUCGUGCUGGAAGGCUACAAGCGGGGGAGUGCUACUAUCUUUUCACCACGACUGACGCAAUGAAGAGAUCGCAGUUCCCUCUUCCAGAGAUCCAGCGCGAAUCACUUACCCAAGUGGUGCUCAGCUGCAAGCUGUUUUGCCCCAGCAACGAGGUCGAAGCAAUGCUAUCCCAAGCACCCGAUCCUCCGCCUGCAGAAACUGUCCACAAGGCCAUAUUAGAUCUCCAGGCGAUGGGCAUUAUGGAUCAGUUCAGGGGACUGACAGAAUUGGGCAAGUGCGUCGUCCUCUUCCCAAUGGCACCGCAGCUGUCUAAGGGUCUCGUCUACUCUGCAGUCUUUAGGUGCGUAAAGUCUGUAGCAUCGUUAGCUCCCCUGAUGUCCGAAGCGUUCGACUUGUUCAAUUCUCAGCUAAGCAACGUUGAAACGAGAAAGGCAAAGCUGACGUACGAAUCGACGCAGAGGAGCGAUCAUAUUGCCCUGAUGAAGAUGUACUGUUCUUGGGAUGCAAAGACAAACCCUGUCGGACGUGACAUGUUCCUUCAAAGUAUGGGGAUGAACCGAUUCAGCUGGGAGCUCAGCAAAGGCCUGAAGGACGAUUAUUUGCGCCACCUGUCGGACACGGGUUUGGUAGAAAGUCCGAGAGAGAAGAUGGAGGAUUGGAACCAUCCCGUGAACCAGAACGCUCGAAACUGUUCGCUGUUGUCUGGAAUUGUGACGGCCGCUUUCUACCCGAAUGUCCUGCGUCGUAAGAAAGCACACAAUCGCAAGGAGACCGAAUUCCUCUGCUUGAAUGGAGGGCUUGCAGUGAUAGCGGAAGAGUCGGUGUUGCAAGAAAGGAAGAACGAAUGUUCGUGGGCAGUCUACUUCAACGCAAAACGUCACUAUGAUGGACAAAGGAUUACAGUCUACGACGCAACCGAAGUUUCUGCACUCCACCUCCUCCUCUUUGCUGGCUUAGAAGUAGAUGUCACCGAGGACGACGCUGGAAGUUGCUCUAAGGCGGAAGAUCGCGAGGCGAUCAUAACCAUCGACAGUCGUGAGCAGCUCACAUUUCGCGCUUCACUGAAGGACGCCUACGUCAUCGCCAGGUGGAGAAACAUGCUCCAUUUCCUGGUCGAACUUCAUCUCCUGCCCCGUUCAAUCACGGAAUCAAUUGAUGGCAUAACUGACUUGAAGCAACGCCUUUCGCCCAUCAUAGUUGAGAUGACGGCAGCUCUUCUAACAGCCGUCGACAACCGACAUUAAACACCGAGGCCCAUAAUCGUUUCAUAAAAAUUUUUCUGUGAUGACUGUUAUGCCGAUAGAGAUAAUAUGUGAGAGGUAUGAAGUAAUGCCUCCAAAAUGACUGUGAUACUGUACAAAUGUAUAUUGCAUACCUUUGAUUCGAAUAAAUUAAUGUUCUAUUCUUU